UACAAUUUCUCUAGCUUUGGGCUACACUGCCUCGUCCGACCUGGCAACACUGGGUUACCGUCGUCACAGUGGCGUUGGACAUGGCGUCGGCCGCUGCAGCGAAGGUUCAAGAGGUCCGUGAGAUUACAAGGAUUGAACGAGUCGGAGCUCAUUCCCACAUACGUGGACUCGGACUAGAUGAUUCACUCGAACCGAGACCGGUUUCCCAAGGAAUGGUGGGCCAGACCGUUGCUCGGCGAGCUGCGGGCAUCAUACUGGAAAUGAUAAAGGAAGGGAAAAUUGCAGGCCGUGCAGUCCUCAUUGCAGGUCAGCCAGGCACAGGAAAGACUGCAAUUGCUAUGGGAAUGGCACAAGCCCUGGGCCAGGACACACCAUUUACGGCAAUCUCAGGAAGUGAAAUCUUUUCGCUUGAGAUGUCAAAGACCGAGGCCUUGAUGCAGGCAUUUAGAAAAUCAAUUGGUGUACGCAUCAAAGAAGAGACGGAGAUUAUCGAAGGAGAGGUUGUUGAGAUACAGAUCGACAGGCCAGCCACAGGAACUGGUGCAAAAGUUGGAAAGCUCACCCUGAAGACUACAGAAAUGGAAACCAUCUAUGACUUGGGUCAGAAAAUGAUAGAGUCUCUCACAAAGGAGAAAGUGCAAGCUGGCGACAUCAUCACCAUCGAUAAGGCCACUGGCAAGAUCACCAAGCUUGGCCGUUCCUUCACGCGUGCUCGAGACUAUGACGCCAUGGGACCUCAGACCAAGUUUGUUCAGUGCCCUGAGGGCGAACUUCAGAAGCGCAAGGAGGUUGUGCACACUGUCACCCUCCACGAAAUAGAUGUCAUCAACAGCCGAACACAUGGAUUCCUUGCUCUUUUCUCGGGUGACACUGGGGAAAUCAAAGCCGAGGUGCGGGAGCAGAUCAAUGCCAAGGUGGCCGAGUGGCGUGAGGAGGGCAAGGCUGACAUCGUGCCCGGUGUGCUGUUUGUGGAUGAGGUGCACAUGCUGGACAUGGAGUGCUUCUCUUUCCUCAAUCGGGCCAUGGAGAGUGACCUGGCACCAGUGCUUGUGAUGGCCACCAACCGAGGUCUUACGCGCAUCCGGGGCACCAAUUACCAGAGCCCCCAUGGCAUCCCCAUCGACCUCCUUGACCGACUGGUCAUCAUUGCGACACAGCCCUACCAGGACCGGGAGGUCAAGCACAUACUGCGCAUCAGAUGUGAAGAAGAAGAUGUUGAAAUGAGUGAUGAGGCUCUGACAGUUCUAACCAGGAUUGCAAUGGAAACAACACUUCGAUAUGCCAUCCAGCUGAUUACUACAGCGCACCUCGUCUGCAAGCGAAGAAAGGGCACCGAGGUCUCAAUACAAGAUGUCAAGCGUGUGUACUCACUUUUUUGGGACGAAGCACGAUCAUCCCAAUUCCUCAAGGAAUAUCAACAGGAGUUCAUGUUCAACGAAAUGGUUGCUGAUAUUGAAAUGGAAGCUGCAUAAUGGUUAAGCCAGAGCCACAUCAUUCCUGCUGCCAUCAUCAAGUUCUUUCUUUUUCUUAUUAAAAUGAAUAUUCUGUGA